AUGGUAGAAGAUGCAGAUACGAUCAUUGAUGUACACUAUCAAGGGCUGUUUACACCUACCCCAUUGAUUUAUUUUGAUGGAGUAAAAGCCUCGGUACCUCAGACGGUUGUGAAGAAGAUGAACUUCGGUGAUUUCAUCCCCUUUCUUGAAAAGCUUACUAUCGGAAGACGUAGAGAUGUGUAUUACUGUCCACAUGAAGUGAGGUUGUCGGAGGGAUUACAUGCUAUUCAUAAUGACUGCGAUUUUAACGAGUUUCUUGAAGAUAUGAAUGAAAAGAAGAGAUUAGAUGUGUAUGUGGAUCAUCAUCAUGAAUCUUUGUUUGAUUGGAUUCAGGAGGAAGAAGCAAAACUUGAAGAUGAAGAUUUGGUUUCUAUUGAUGAUGUCGACUCCAUUUUAGAAGAUGGUCUGAAAGCUCAACAUGUAGAGGACGAUGAAGUUAUAUCUCUCAAAAGAAAUUUCAAUGAUCCAUUCCUCAACAAACUUUGUCCAAUACAUAAUGAUGACUUGGUUGAAGAAGAUCAUAAUGCAAUACGACCUAUCUACCCAAGACAUGAUCAUACUCAAGAAUGGAAUCAGAUGAAGCCUCGAUUAGAGGAGCUCCUAUCAGCAGUGGGUAGAGAUGCUAAUAAUAACAUUUAUCCCUUAGCUUGGGCAGUAGUCAAUGUUGAGAACAAAAGGACAUGGAAAUGGUUUUUGGACAACCUGAUGGAAGACAUUGGAGGGGGGAAUGGUCAUGGCAUUACAAUCCUCUCAGACGGCCACAAGGGAUUAUUUGAAGCUGUAAAGGAAAGACUUCCUGAUGUGGAGCAUAGAUUAUGUGCUAGACACAUUCUAGAUAAUUUUCACAAAAAAUUUAAAGGAAAGCAAAAUGGUUUGAGUUGGGAUUUGGACAUAUGCCCAAGUAUCAGAAGGGAAAUAGAGGAUUUGAAAGAAUUGCAAAGAUUUUGGGUACCUUAUGUGAGUGGCUACAAAGAAUUUGAAGUGUUCUCAGGAAAUGAGAGGGCAGGCAUUCCUCUAAGAUGUACCAUUUUCCACCAAACUGGCCACAACAAAUCCACAUGCCCAAGUAAGCCAGCUCCAGCUCCAACCACAGCGUGUCCAAGUCAUUCAACUCUAGAUUCAAGCAAAGCAGGGCCAAGUCAUGUGAAGAAGGCUCCUGUGAAGAAGGUUCCUGUGAAAAAGGCUCCUAUGAAGAAGGUUCCUGUGAAGAGAAGUCCUAUGAAGAAGGUUCCUUUGAAUGAUACUGGUAGGGUGAGAAAGUUUUCAGAAAGAAUCACAGAAAUUGGGCUUCAAAAAAAUGUUAAAGUCAAGGAUGGAAGUGGAUGCAGCCAAGACAAACCUGUAACCUUAGAGUAA